AUGGAGAAGUGGAUUGCUAUAGGAUUUCUCUCGAUCCACACCAUCGCCAUUCUGAUCUUCACUCGUGGGUUUCUUCUUACUCGAACAGAGCUUCCUUUUCACAGUACUUGCUCCGACGUUUCUCAGUCUCCUUGCCUUGCUUCUCCACUCCCCAAUCACGAUUCGAAUUCCGAUCAGCCUAAAUGUUGGACCAAACCCGUUGUCGAUCGCGUCAUCAUCAUUGUCUUGGAUGCUCUCAGAAUCGAUUUUGUUGCCCCGAGUGCUUUUUUCCCAGAACCAAAGCCAUGGAUGGACAAAUUGACGAUCUUGCAGAAGCUUGCAUUUGCUAACGAAUCGUCUGCUAAGAUCUUUAAGGCUUUUGCCGAUCCUCCUACGACGAGUUUGCAGCGUCUCAAGGGAUUAACAACUGGAGGAUUGCCUACUUUUAUCGAUGUUGGAAAUAGUUUCGGUGCGCCUGCUAUUGUUGAAGAUAACUUCAUCAAUCAGCUAGUGCUAAAUGGGAAACGGUUGGUGAUGAUGGGUGAUGAUACUUGGACACAGUUGUUCCCAAAUCAAUUUCAAAAGUCAUAUCCUUUCCCCUCUUUCAACGUUAAAGACCUUGAUACUGUUGACAAUGGAUGUAUUGAGCACCUAUUCCCAACCCUUUACGAAGAUGAUUGGGAUGUCCUAAUUGCUCAUUUUCUCGGCGUGGACCAUGCAGGGCACAUAUUUGGAGUGGAUUCCAUCCCAAUGAUUAAAAAGUUGGAGCAAUAUAAUACAGUUUUAGAGAAAGUCAUCGAUAUAUUGGAGAGUCAGGCUGGCCCAGGUGGUUUGCAUGAGAAUACUAUGCUUAUCGUAAUGGGUGACCAUGGACAGACAUUAAAUGGGGAUCAUGGAGGAGGGACUGCUGAAGAGGUAGAAACAUCCAUGUUUGCCAUGAGUACAAAGAAGCAUACAUCUCCGGUUCCUCCUGAGUUUGAUACCUCAUCUUGUAAACAAAAUCCGGAUGGGAAGCAGAUUUGCAUCAGCUCCAUCGAACAGCUUGAUUUUGCGGCAACAUUGUCAGCUUUGCUUGGGAUAUCCUUUCCUUUCGGAAGCAUUGGGCAUGUGAACCCUGAGCUCUAUGCCCUUGGUUCUAGCAGCUGGAAUUUGGAUAGCACUGAGUUGGGAAAUUAUGGCACCCAAUCAGCUCUUACAGAGUGGAUGAAAAGUUAUGCAAAUGAUCUCUGUGUGAAUGCUUGGCAGGUGAAAAGAUAUAUAGAUGUUUAUUCUAAUUCUUCUGUUGUUGGUUUCUCUUCCGAUGAUAUGUCGAGGAUAUCAGAUCUAUAUUCUGCGGCGGAACAGAAUUGGUCUAAUUCUGUCAAACACAUAUUGAAGGAUAGAAAUCUAGAUGAGGACAGUACAAAUAUAUCUUCCCUUAAAGAACAAAUUGCAGCAUAUUUGAAAUUCUUCUCAAACGUUGUUGAACUUGCCCGGUCUAAGUGGACAGAGUUCAAUCUGAAUCUAAUGAUUACUGGGUUUGGGAUAUUGGUUAUAUCAGUCAUCCUUCAGUUUCUUGCUGUUUUCCGUGGUGACAAACCUCAUGCAGUGGAUUCUGGGGUAUACACUGGUGCAGCGUUCACUCUCUUUAUUCUAUUGAUUCGUGCUUGCAGCUUUCUUUCAAACAGCUAUAUUUUGGAAGAAGGAAAAGUUGCAAACUUUCUCCUGGCAACAACUGGACUUGUCAAGUUGCGGUACUCCGUUAUGAGAAAAACAAUGCGGAAAGAAGCUGUUAUAUUUCUUGCUAUGGUUUCUGUUCUAAGGGUUUCUAUAGAUAUUGGGUUAACAAAACAAGCUGCAACUUCUCAGUUUAUGAGUAGCUCACCGUCGUGGAUGCUCGGGAUAGCUCCAGAUCAUUAUAUAUUCACAUCUGUGUUCGAAAUUGCACCAGUUUUAUCGCUGGUUGUUCUCAUUUAUGUGCUCUACACAGCGAUUGCUAAAGCACCCAGUGAGGGGUUGUGGAAGUAUGUUACCGUUGGUAGUAUGAUAAGCUACAUUUUGAUAGCAUUGCUCUGGGCUUCAGAGAGCAAGAUAUUUGGCUUGGAUAGUUUACUUCAUGUGACCGGAGGAAAAAAUCGCAUCCCUCAAACGAUUUAUGUUAUCGGAUUGAUGCAGCUUUUCCUUUUAGCUUCUGCACGUAUGCUUUGCACAGGAAAAAACAAGAACUGGGCCAUCAGAACUGUCGCAAUUGUAUCUGCUUGUAGCUCGCCAGUAAUUCUCUUGUCGGGGAAGCAAGGAUCAAUGCUUGCAUUAGCAUAUUUGCUGGCUGGUUAUUGUAUAAUGAGGCUGGAGGGUAUAGAGAGAAGAUCCCAAUCAGAUGGAAAGAACAGAUUUCCAAAACUAAAUCCUCUCUGCGUGGUGCAAUGGAGUCUUCUUUCUGUAUGCAUGUUUUUCGCCAGUGGGCAUUGGUGCGCCUUUGAUGGCCUCCGUUAUGGAGCUGCAUUUGUUGGGUUUGACGAGUUUGUGCUUAUAAGACAAGCCAUCCUUUUGACAGUGGAAACAUUUGGGUUCUCGGUCAUCCUUUCCGUAUUUGGACUUCCUCUCCUCAUGCCGAUCCACUUUCAAACUCCUCAGGCUUAUGGAGAAAAGCGCCAACAGCUGUUUCAAAUGUAUAUGCUCUACGGAGUUAUAUCCACAACUACUGUCGCGGCUACAAUCCUUUGUGUUACCAUCCACAGAAGACAUCUGAUGGUUUGGGGUUUGUUUGCUCCAAAGUUUGUCUUUGACGUUGUUGGUCUUAUCCUCACUGAUCUCCUCAUCUGUUUGGCGUCAGCUUACUAUAUUUGA